AUUUUCACGUCCCUACGAACAAUCCAACUUGCGACUCAAACGUUUCCAUCGGGACAAUGUAAUUUGACGAAAUAUUAAUGCUACCACAUAUUAUAAACGAGAGAGUGGGACAUGAUUCAGUUAGGAUUUAUAAACAAACACGCUUCGAUCUCUCCCCAGUCGCUUCUACUUGCCGGCAGGAGCGCGAACGGUCGCCAUCCGGUUUUAAAAGUGUCCACGCCAGUUCAGUUUCUGUCCAUGAACUGUUUAGAGAGAACCGAGACCUGGAAUUCAACAUGAAACCCGACACGACUUAAGUGCUUCAGUGAACGGAGUUCGGUGAGAAAGAUGAAGAAAAUCGGGGUUGAUCUAGCCGCCCUUCCGCUCACUCCAGAUAACGCGAUGGAGGACAGGAAGAACAGACCAGUGAUCCUGCCCAAAGCCGCCAAAAACGCAGCCGAUGCGACCCAUGUACCAUCCGCGAAAAUAAACGAUAAGCCGGUCAAACCUCCGGUCGAAAAACACGUGAAACCAGAAGCUCCGGCCACCAACAAAAGUUUGCGCGCGUCUCUGACCGAACCACGUGUGAAAGGUAUGAAUCUACCGGGCGGCAAACACACCAACGUAUCCGCGAUACAAAGUUCGAAAAUUCCCAAUUCUUACGGUACCAAGAGUGACGCCGAAAACGGUCGGGAUUACAGUUUGGGUGCCCAGAAACAGAAGCAUCACCACUACCACCACCACCCCCAAACCAUAAUAGAAGAUGAGGACGACACGUCCGAGGACUCCAACGACAAACAAACCCCCAACGAGCAAAACAAGAACGAACAGGUGGAUACCACGCACAAGAAUAGGAUGAACCGCGUACCGACCGCUGUGGAACUCCACACGACCAGCGACAAGUCCAACAGGUCCUCGAACACGCCAUCGUUGAACGAUUUUCCCGUUAUAAAUAAGAAUACGAUCAAGAGGGUGGCGACGGGGGUGGACCUCACUAGUCAGAUUUCGUCCAGUUCUCCCAAUUUCAGGAGGGGUAACAGCGUUAGAUCUCUGAGAAGUGGUUAUUACGGUGAGAAACCUGGCAGUGAGUGUGGCGAGAGCCUGUUCUCGAAACCCUUUUCCGAUCAGGCGUCCAUCAGGAGCUGGGCUUCGGUGGGUUUGGGAUCGACCGAUGGCAAGAAGAUGAUCAUCAGGAGGGUGCCGACAUCACCUGAGGAGUUGUUCACCAUCGUGAAUCCCCCAACGCCUCCAGAGGAAUACAUGUACGAUGAAGACAGCGAUGAUAUUGAACAGGAAGACGAGGAUGGUUCCUAUUCAAAACCGAUAAGAUACCAAUGGUCCAACAAGUUACAAUUUGUCCUAGCCUGCGUGGGAUAUAGCGUUGGGCUGGGUUCAGUUUGGAGGUUUCCCUAUCUGUGUUAUAAAAGCGGUGGAGGCGUGUUCCUGAUACCCUAUUUCAUCUCGAUGCUAGUCUGUGGCGUACCCAUGCUAUACAUGGAGUUGGCCGUCGGCCAAUACACUGGCAGGGGCCCCAUUGGUGCUCUGGGACAUUUAUGUCCUCUAUUUAAAGGGACGGGUUUAGGCAGCGUUGUCAUUUCGUUCCUGAUGUCUACCUACUACAGUGUGAUAAUAGCUUAUGGUAUUUAUUAUUUCUUCACUUCUUUCAAGUCUAACCAGCCGUGGGCGGACUGCAACCACCGCUGGAACACCAAACAUUGUUGGGUGCUCCCGAAAUCGGAUAAUACCAGUGCGAAACCCAUGAAUAGUCAGACGCCGUCUGAAGAAUUCUUCGAAAUAAAAGUCCUUCAAGCAGGACCUGGGAUAGAGCACUUUCACCAAUUACGAUGGGAACUAGUAGCGUGUCUGAUUUGUGCUUGGGUCCUCGUAUAUUUCGCCAUAUGGAAAAGCAUAAAAUCCUCUGGCAGGGUGAGAUACUUCACUGCGACAUUUCCGUUUCUCCUUAUCCUGUUGUUUCUCGCCAAAUCGUUGACGCUGGAAGGUGCAGACAGGGGACUGAGAUAUUUCUUCAAGCCCAAAUGGUCCUUACUCGGAGAGGCUAAGGUAUGGGUGAAUGCAGCAGCCCAAACCUUCAACUCCAUGGGUAUAGCAUUCGGAUCCAUGAUCUCCUUCGCCAGUUACAACAAGUACAACAACAACAUUUUACAAGAUACUGUAGCAGUAUCCGUGGUCAACUUGGUAACCAGCCUACUUGUCGGCGUCUUCGCAUUUGCCACCAUUGGGAACAUAGCCACAGAACACAACACUUCCAUAGAAGACGUUAUAACUGAUGGACCUGGAUUGAUUUUCGUGGUUUACCCGCAAGCAAUAGCCCAGAUGCCGGCAGCGAAUCUAUGGGCCAUACUAUUCUUCUUCAUGCUGCUCUGCCUGGCCUUGAACAGUCAAUUCGCGACGGUGGAAGUCGUUGUUACGUCCAUACACGACGGUUUUCCGGUGUGGAUCAAAAACCACCUGAUGUGCCACGAGAUCUUAGUCUUGGUCGUAUGCCUCAUUUCCGCAGUGUUCGGACUACCCUACGUGACAAAGAGCGGUAUAUAUUUCUUCCAACUGAUGGACCACUACACGGCCACCAUAUCCAAGAUGUACCUGGCCUUCUUCGAGGUCGUGGCCAUUGCUUGGGUUUAUGGAGGUAGGAGGUUGAGCAGGAACGUGAAGACUAUGACCGGCAAGCAUCCGGGGUGGUACUUCAAAUUUUGCUGGGUGAUCGCUACGCCGCUGAUGAUCGUCUGCUUAUGGGUGUUCUUAUUGAUCGACUAUGCACCGCCCACAUACAACAACGGUUCCUACGAGUUUCCGGAUUGGGCCAUAGUCAUGGGAUGGCUGAUAGCGUCUGUAUCUUUACUUUGCAUCCCGAUCUUUAUGGUGUACGUGUUUUUGAAGACUCCUGGUGAGAGUAUAAUGGAUAAACUGAAGAACUCGAUAAAGCCCGAUUUGGAAGAAAAGUGUCUCAAGUGCGGAGAUGUGGACUGCGACUGCGUCCUGGAAGAAACCAUGCAGCCCAUGUUGGUCCUGCAGAGUUCGGACGCAAGGGGAAAGACAUCCGGACCGACUUACAUACCGAUCCAAACGUUGGAGAUCCCGAGGAACAACGGGAUCGUAUCGACCGAAAACAGCAACCUGAAGAGGGACAGUUUAGAGUCCGGACAUCACCGGAUCGAUCCGGUCACCAUACACGUCGAAACGACGCCACCUAGUGACAGUUCGUUGAGUUCGAAGGAGAGUAAAACCUGAAAGUCCCGCCACUUAUUUUUUAAGUAACGAAUGUAAAUAUUGAAAGGAAAUUCUCCAGAUCGAAUCUGAGCAUCUCGAAGGUUAUCUGUUUAAUUGAAUCGGACUCAAUUGUAGUCGGUUAAAAAGUAUAUUGACUUGCGAUUAUUUAUGAACAGAAAAAGUAAAUACAUUCCAGUGAUCACA